GUUUCCGGUGUUGUGUGUGUGUACCUGGAAACAUGGCGGCCAGCUUCCGCGGCCGUCCUAUCCGAAGUCUUCGGCUACGAGGUCGGAAUGACAGCGGGGAGGAGAACGUACCGCUGGAUCUGACCAGAGAACCAUCAGACAACUUCCGUGAAAUCCUACAAAAUGUGGCCAAGCCUCAUGGAGUCAGUAACAUGCGAAAACUGGGCCACCUGAACAACUUCAUAAAGCUGCUAUGCAGCAUCGGCCACCAUGAGGAGAAAUUUGGGUUUACGUACGAAGAAAUUAUCAUUUGCCUGCGGCUGGCUCUCCUGAACGAGGCGAAGGAGGUGCGCGCGGCUGGGCUGCGGGCUCUGCGCUACCUGAUCAGAGACACCAGCGUGCUGCAGAAGGUUCUCAGGCUGCAGGUGGACUACUUGAUAGCCAGGUGCAUCGACAUCCAGCAGAGCAACGAGGGCGAGAGGACCCAGGCUCUGAGGCUCGUCCGAAAGAUCAUCACGGUCAACGCCAUGCUCUUCCCUACCUCGGUCGCCAACUCCCUGAUCGCCGUGGGAACGGACGGACUGCAGGAGCGGGACCGCAUGGUCCGCGCCGCCAUCGCCAUCGUCUGCGAGCUGGCCCUGAAGAACCCGGAGGUGGUGGCCAAGCGAGGGGGCCUCAGCACUAUCCUCAAGAGCGUCAUCGACUGUCGGCUGAGCCGCAUCAACGAGGCGCUGAUCACCACCAUCCUCCACCUCCUCAACCACCCGCAGACACGCCAGUACGUGCGCGCGGACGUGGAACUCGAGCAAAUCCUGGCCCCAUUCACGGAUUUCCACUACCGCCACAACGCAGACACGUCAGAAGGGCAGCUCAAGGAGGAUCGGGAUUCCCGCUUCCUGUCCAGUCGGAUGGCCAUAGUAGCAGCGUUCCGUUCCUGGUCCGGGAUUAUCAACCUAUGCAAGGCCGGGAAUUCUGGAAUCCAGUCUUUGAUUGGCUUACUCAGCAUACCUAACAUGGAAGUUAGGAAAGGCUUGCUCGAGGUCUUAUACGAGAUAUUCCGGCUUCCUCUGCCUAUUGCAACCCAAGACUUCACAGAAGCUCUGCAUAGUGUUGACCCCAGCAGGGGCCAGGACAGCUGGAGACUCUCCGAUGGCUUCGUGGCCGCUGAGGCCAAGGUCCUACUCCCUCACCGGGCUCGUUCCAGGCCUGACCUGAUGGACAACUAUCUUGCAUUGGUGCUGUCGGCCUUCAUCACUGGGGGCCUGUUGGAGGGUCUGGUUGAAGUGGUGACCAGCAGUGAGGACCAGCUUGCUGUCAGAGCCACCAUUCUCCUGGGAGAACUCCUGCACAUGGCCAACACUAUCCUGCCUCAUUCCCACAGCCAUCACCUGCAUUGUCUCCCCACCCUCAUCAACAUGGCAGCCUCCUUCGACAUCGCCCCGGAGAAAAGACAUCGAGCGAGCGGGGCGGUCAACCAGCUGAAGCGCUUCCAUGAGAAGAAGAAGCAGGGACUGAAGCCCUGCAGCCUGUACCUGGACCACAUCAUCCGCAAGUCUUUGUCGGCGCACAGCCGCAGGGACACGCACACGCGGGCACACCGAGACAUCUACGCCAUCAAGGACACGGAAGAGGCUCUGAUGACGAACCUAAAAGACAGCCAAAUUCUCAACCACAAGCACAACCUGGAGUGGAACUGGCUGCUCAUCGCCACCAUCCUCAAGUGGCCAAAUGUUAACCUCAGGAACAACAAAGACGAGCAGAUGCACAAGUUCGUGCGGCGGCUCCUGUACUUCUACAAGCCCAGCAGCAAGCUGUACGCGGGGCUGGAGCUGGACCACUCCCGGGCCCGGCACCUCACCGUGGUGGGCUGCCAGUUCAUAGAGUUCCUCAUGGAGUCCGGCGAGGAGGGCCAGGGCUACCUGGAGGAGCUGGUGAAGGACAUGGUGGCCUGGCUGUCGCUGUCCUCGGGGCAGAAGCCCGAGAGGAGCCUGCAGAGCAACGGCCUCAUCACCACCCUCAGCCAACACUACUUCCUCUUCCUGGGGACGCUCUCGGCCAACCCGCACGGCGUCAAGCUGCUGGAGAAGUGCGGCCUGUUUCAGUGCCUGCUGAAUCUGUGUUCGUUAAAGAACCAGGACGCUGUCCUCAAGCUGACCGUCUCCACUCUGGACUACAGCCGCGACGGCCUGUCCAGAGUCAUCCUCUCCAAGAUCCUCACCGCAGCCACCGAUAUCGGCCGCCUGUACGCCACCAAGCACCUGCGUGUGCUGCUGCGCGCGGGCGUGGAGUUCUUCAGCAGCUGGGGCAUGGAGCUGCUGGUCACCCAGCUCCACGACCACAGCAAGGCCGUGUCCAUGGAGGCGCUUGACAUCCUCGACGAGGCCUGCGAGGACAAGGCCAACCUCCACGCUCUGAUCCAGCUCAAACCGGCUCUGUCCCACCUGGGGGACAAGGGCCUGCUGUUACUCCUCAGGUUCCUGUCCAUACCCAAGGGCUUCUCCUACCUCAACGAGAGGGGCUAUGUGAGCAAACAGCUGGACCGAUGGCAGAAGGAGUACAACCUGAAGUACGUGGACCUCAUCGAGGAGCAGCUCAACGAGGCGCUGACCACGUACCGCAAGCCGGUCGACGGAGACAACUACGUCAGGCGCAGCAACCAAAGGUUACAACGACCAAACGUCUAUCUCCCUGUGCACUUGUACGGUCAGCUGGUCCACGACAAGACAGGCUGCCACCUGCUGGAGGUCCAGAGUGUGGUUCCAGACCUCAGCUACACGGUCCGCUCCCCGAUGCUGGACACCUGGGAGGGCAUCAAACAUCUGAAGGCGGCACUCUGGGCACUGGCCAACAUCGGCUCCUCCAACUGGGGCUUGAAUCUCCUGCAGGAGGAGAACGUCAUUCCUGACAUCCUGGCCAUGGCGCAGCACUGCGAGGUGCUGUCCAUACGGGGGACGUGCGUGUACGUGCUGGGGGUGAUCUCCAAGACCCGGCAGGGCUGCGAGGUGCUGAAGCAGCACGGCUGGGACGCGGUGCGCCACAGCCGACGAACCCAGUGGCCCGUGACGCCCGAGGAGGUGGACGCCAUGCUGACCUCGGAGCUGUCCUCGGUGCCCAGCACGCUCAGCCUGAACUCCGAGUCCACCAGCUCGCGCCACAACAGCGAGAGCGAGUCGCAGCCCAGCAUGUACAUCAUGGACGACGACAAGUGCGAGGUUCUGGAGCACCUGGACGAGUCCAGCUACCUGCGCUGCAAGCCGGCCAAGGAGCGCAGCCCCUUCACCAUCCUGGCCUCCACGCGCUUCGUGCGCAACCGCCUCAUCAACUCCCUGUCGCUGCCCAGCAAGAAGCUGCGCUCCACCAGCGACCCCAAGAUGCCGUCGGGCUCCCAAACGCCCACGGAGCUCAAGAUGGGCAUGCGGCGGAACCGCACGGUCACGGAGCCCUCGGUGUUCAGCUCCAGCCAGAGCGACGUCUUCACGCCCAUGUUCAACGGCCGGGCCGUGCCCAAGAGCCCCACCGUCAGCCUGGAGACGUCCUUCGUGGGGACGCGGGGCGACUCGGAGGAGCAGCUGUCCGAGGGCAGGCUGACCCGGGGAGGCGGGUCGUCCGGGGGCCUGGUGCUGGGGGUCCUCGGGGCGGGGCACGCGGCCGGGGACCCCCCCCCUGCCGGCGGCGGCGGGGGCCGAGACCGGGAGCAGAGCAGCCGGGAGCGACUGGCGGAUGGCGGCGGCGGCGGCGGCGGCGUUGGCGGGGGCGGUUCCACUGUAGGAGGAGGAGGAGUAGGAGGGGGGGGCGGCGGCGGGGGCGGGACUCAGUUCAAGAGCCGCAGCCAGAGCUUUAACACGGACACGACCACCAGCGGCAUCAGCUCCAUGAGCUCCAGCCCGUCCCGGGAGACGGUGGGGGGGCCCGAGCAGGCGGACCCCGAGCAGCCCGACUCGGCGGACUGCGUGAGCCUCAACACGGUGGUGUCGGCCAAGACGGACAAGACGCUGCUGACCCUGCUGUCGCCGCAGUCCCCCGAGUCGGACGACCCCGACCACCACGACGACGACCACGACGGCCACGACGACCACGACGAGCCCAAGGCCGGCGCCGUGGCGCUGGUGCCGCCGGGCUCGUCGCACACCCUCCCCCGCCGGGCGCACUCCUUCAAGUCGCCGUCGGUGGCCAACAUCAAGAGCCUGGCGGACUGCAGCUUCAUGUACACCAGCCCGCGCGACGCGCUGGGCUACGCCACGCUGAAGCGGCUGCAGCAGCAGCGCAUCCACCCGUCGAUGUCGCACAGCGAGGCGCUGGCGUCGCCCGCCAAGGACGUGCUGUUCACCGACACCAUCACCAUGAAGACGGGCAGCCUGGACUCCCGGCUCACGCCGCGCAGGUUCCUGAAGGCGCUGAGCUUCGCCUCCCUGGACAAGGAGGAGCUGCUGAGCCCCAUCAACCAGAGCACGCUGCAGCGCUGCUCCUCGGUGCGCUCCAUGGUGAGCAGCGUGACGUACGGCUGCAGCGACGACUACAUCGGCCUGGCCCUGCCCGUGUGCAUCAGCGACAUGUUCCACGUCCGCGACGCGCCCUACUUCCAGCAGAGGGCCAGCCCGCCCUCCGAGGAGAGGAAGUGCUUCCUGUUCGGGGACGGAGACGAACGCCCCCCCAUCCACGUGCUGCGGCAGCAGUUCAGCAUCUCGGAGCUGAUCGCGACCCGCGGCGAGGGCCAGAGUCCGGCGGGCGGCGACGACUCGGGGCUGCAGGAGCACACGGAGGACAACUGCCUGUACUGCGUGGGGGCCGUGGUGAUGGGCUUCCCCGCGCAGCUGGUCAUCAACGGCACGCACUCGCGCACCGACUACGUGGAGUUUGCGUCGUGGAGCAGCCAGAGCGGGGGCCACCGGCUGGAGGCCAUGCCCCCGUCGUUCUCGGGGGGCUCGGUCUGCAGCGACGCCGCCGUGUCCCAGGGCUCCGUGUGCAGCACGCCCACGCCCGGGGACGUCGUCGUCGCUGGCAGGGCGCUGCUGGACGACGCCCCCGCCUGUCGCCCCCUGCUGAGGAAGGAGGUACUGCGGCUCAUCGUCAACCUGAGCUCCUCCGUCGGGACCAAGGGCCACGAGACGGGGCUGCUGACGAUCAAGGAGAAGUUCCCGUAUGCGUUUGACGACAUCUGCCUGUACUCGGAGGUGUCCCACCUGCUGGCCCACUGCAUGUUCCGCCUGGCCUCACGCCGCUUCAUCCAGGAGCUCUUCCAGGACGUGCACUUCAUGCCCAUGUACGAGGAGGCGGACGCCAUCCUGACCAAGGCCCCCAGAGCCGUGGAGGAAGACGCAGACCCCGAGGCCCCGACUGACGACUCCUGA